UCUGCGCUCGCGUCUGCGUGAAGCCGACAAUGGCAUGUGUAGGAUGAAAGUGGAAGCGGUGAAAUUUGAAGAGCAAGCCGAAUUCUUGCCGACCGUAUUCGAGAAUCGUCGUGAACGCAAGACGGUUGUGUUGGAAUUUUCGUAUCUGAGCGAUUCACUCGAACAGGCGGCACGUGAAAACAGAUAUAACACCAUGGCAGAAAAGCUGCGCAACACUAGUGACAUCGCUGUUACGAAAGAAUUCGACUACUGGGAAGCAAAUUGGCCAAUUAUAUUCGAAAAUUAUCAAAAAUGCCAGACUAUCCUAUUGAAAUUUCCGAUUUCUAUGUCAGAGAACCCAGAACAACUGCAGAUUCAUUGAAUAAAGAAUAUCAGGAAGGAGCAUGUUGCGAUAUAUCGUGUGUAAUCGAUUGUGUUGCAUUGGUUCAGUUUGACGACGUGAACUACGUCAUAAGUGAUGUACCGGAAACACAAUCUGGCGGUAUACUUUAAAUAUCUUGUAAGUAUAUAGCAAAAAAAUAUUUUAAAAGAAUAAUAGAAAAAAUGUAUUUAUAUUCUACUAAUAUUGGUGAGGAAAUAAAAUUAGACACUUGUAAUAAUUUUCUCUUCAAUACAUUUACGCACCUUUGUCUAUUCGAUUAAUUGACAAUAUUACGUUAAAACAUUUAUUUCGAUUCCAUAGUAUCUCAGACAGCACAAUUUUUCAAAGAUGUUCCAAAUACAUCCUGAGGACUUCUAAAUGUCCGCAUAAGUCUCCAGGAUAUCCCUUGAAGAUCUUGUUGCUGUCUGAGUAUUGAUAGUCGCAUUUAGUUCAUUUUCACUUCCUUCGUACUUCUAAUAAAGCAUUUUCUCUUUAUGUUCCUUCCUGGUAUUCUUUAUUUUAUAUUUCUCCAUCACCGUCAUGUUUGAACACAAAAGGUCUGUUCCUUUUGGAUUACACUUUUCGCUUUUAGAGAGGAACAAAUUUGCAAUUUUAGCAUAAAUAGGAAAACGAAUUCGGUAUUCAAUCAGCUGAAAAGAGCAAGCCAAGGAUUUUCAAUAGAUUUCACUCGGGACACUAAAUACGCAAUCAGCAAUGUCAACAUUGGAGACGCGCCUUAAAGCCGGCUCCUACGGACGCAGUUGCUCCCUCAGCCGUAUCGCCUGCACUUUCUCCCGAAUGGCGUCUCUGUCGCACCUGCGGUUCGACGCGUGCUUGUUCCACUCGGAAAUGUACGCAGAACGAGGCGGAGUGCAGUUCACGGAGAAGAGGGCGCUGCGCGCGGCGCUCACUUGUCGCUGCUCGUGAGGCGAGCCAGUCAGCGGCGCACAGUCACGCACAGUCAAUGCUCUCGUCUCGAUCGCGACGUUCACGACGAGGAAGACAGACGGAGCGCGAGAAGGAAAGAGAAAGAAAGAGAGAGCGCGGCCGAGCCGAGCCGAGCGGAGCUGAGCUGAGCUGAGCGGAGCGGAGUCGCGAUAAGAUGGCGUCGUCUCGCACGUCAGAUCAGGGCGAGAAGCAGUGAGGGGCAGCGGCUGGGCAGGAAGAAGAGGAGGCAGAGAGGUGCAGGCACAGAGACUGAAGAGACAAGACAAGACAAGACUAGACGUGUCGGGCUCUCGGGGGUGUGCGUGUGUAUAUGUGCGUGAGAGAGUGGUGGCGU